CAAAACAAACCGCACGAACAACGCAACAUACUCACCUACACGAAUUCAGAAUUGGGAAACGGGCAAUAGAGUCGGUUGAUCUGACAUAUAUCUGAUCCUUACCGUUUGAUACUCCGCUCACACACACUCUACUGAUUAAGUCCAAUCUCGGUUGCACCCUAGAAUGAGCUACCGUCUGGCGCAUCUCUCUUCCUCUCGAUUCACUUCCCCGUCGUUGGUAGCACAAAGACGAGUACGUGGGCUCGAGGCAGCUAAUUCAAGCUGGGCAACCCAUCAAUCAGUGAAAGUGUGGUUUUCCUCGAACUCUGUAUCUUCAUUGUCACUUUACAUCCACCGUCCAGUGAAUUCACGAUGCACUGAAGUAAUCGUCGCCAGCGCGCUGGCUCUCUUAACUACUAGCGUCUUAGUCUUGGCGUUUCCCACAACUACUGCUACCUCUGAAGAUCCCCAUAACCACACUAUUCCUGCACCAAACAGUCCUGCUCAACUCGUUGUCUCUUCAAUUUGGUCUGAACCCACAAAGUUGGUAUCGCACGGCGGCGGAGGUAACGAUGGGGACGGCAAAGGGACGAACGGUAUCUUGGGCUCGCUCGUGUUCGCCGAUGUCGCGCACUCGAUCGGCGAGCAUUGCCCCUCGAAAUCACCGAACCGGAAGGCUUUGUCUAUAUCUGCUGCUGCCACUAGUGCUAGUACCACCGAAAAUCCAGCGAGUUCUAUAGAAACAGCUACCGUAGUACAAUUGGGUGGCAACUCUGUUACGAGAGGAAGUGUGCGUCAGAAACCGUACGAUGUUUCGGUCCGCGCACUUCAAGGAGGCCGCAUGACCAUGGAAGACGAAUACGUAGUAGCCAACGGCGGCCGUUUUGCUGGUGUCUUUGACGGACACGGGGGUGGAGGAGUCAGCCAGCGGCUACGGGUUAAUUUGUACAACAAAACUUGCGCCGCCCUCGCACGCAAACAACACGAAUUGACCGAUGCGAGUUCGGUGCUUUCGCACGUGGCAGCCUUACGGGAUGCCUUCGACGAAAUGGAGCAGGAUGUUCUGGAAGAUGAUGGCUUGCAAUAUCAAGGAAGCACAGCUGUGGUGGUGGUCGUACAUGAAUCGGAAGAAGGAAAGCGAACUUUGCUGUCGGCUAACGUUGGCGAUAGUCGGGCUAUCUUGUCGCGUAAUCAAAACGCCGUUGAUCUCACGCGAGACCACAAACCAAAUGAUGAUCGCGAGAAGGCGCGUAUCUUGGCCAUGGGCGAAACAAUUGAAUGGGAUCUUAUAAGCAAGGUGCAUCGAGUCCGAAAUCUGAGUCUUAGUCGAGCGAUCGGCGAUCGGUACGCCAAACCCAUCGUAUCUGGGCAAGUCGAAAUUCAACACUAUCCUGUGCAGGAACAAGACGAUGAAUUCUUUUUACUCGCUUCGGAUGGGUUGUGGGAUGUCAUGACGAGUCAGGAUGUUAUCUCUUAUGUGCAUAGACAGAUGGAACAGGAAUUAGAUCGAGAGAGCUUACACAAGGAUGAUCGCGAGAACUACAAACUGGUACUCCGGAGGAAUAUGGCGAAGUUCGUCGCCCGCGAAGCGAUGCGCCGUGGAUCAGCCGACAAUGUUUGCGUUCUCAUGGUGUGGCUGAAUGAUAUGGGGUUGCGAUGAAUUUAGAUUGUGAACCUCCUUAUUUAUGCACUUGCAUGUAAACUGAGUGAGUGCUGCUAUGCUUUUGCGAUCACUAGUAAUAAUAUUCGAUGUAUACUAAAGAGAGCGAUC